AUGCAAUGUUCUACUGGAGAUGUCAAAGGAUUCUACAAAGCUCCCCUCACCUUUGCCUGGACCACAGCAAUGGAGGUGCCCCCACAGUCAAGGACAGGGACUCCCACACAACUGGAGGAAUGGCGGAGCACAGAAACCCUCUGCCACACACCAGGGUUUCCAUCAGAUGCUCUGUGGAGACCAGAGUCCAAGUCCCUUCUUUAUCCUUGGCAUAACUUAGGAGUGACUCUACAUACAUGUUCCCAAAUUAGUAAAGAAGAGCAAAGAAUAGAAAAGAUGAGAGAUGAAGCCUGCUGUAAUAGAAAACCAGACUUUCCUCUUCACCGCCAUGGAGGUUGCAAGUCAGAGGAGGAGGAACUGGAUAGGCUGUUUGCUGAGGCCUCCUGGGGCCUGUCUUCUGCCCUUGGAGAGUGCGCUGCCCUGUGUCUUCCUCCUCUAGAAGGAUUACAGAGAGGUCCCUACGAGCACCAGCUGGGUAUCCCGACAUCCAGGCCCCAGAGCAAGGGCUGGGGCAGCCACGGGAAGGUGGCCACUGUGAGCAGCUUCCCUAUCAGGCACACGCCUCACCCGCGAAGGGUCUGCCACAUCAAAGGUUUGAACAACACCCCGAUCUGUGCUGUGAAUGAUGAUGACCUAUACAGACCUUGGAGCGUUGGGCAGCUGAGCCACUUGGAGAAAGAAGAGAACUCACUCGCCAAGUACAGUGUGCCCAGCACCGUGGCUCUGCUGAGCCCUGGCAGGGGAUUGUCCCCAACCCCAGGCAGCCUGAGAAUCCCCGAACGGCCUCAGUCUGCUCCCUGUAGAAAAAGCAAGGAGUGCUUCAGAACUUAUGCUGAGAAUCCCUCAGUCAUAAAAAAGGAGGAAAUUAAGGCCCAACACCCCCCGUCACUUCCCAAGGCAUGUUCCACAGCCGGAUCCUGUUCCUCAGAAGCAUGGAGUACCAAGGCAGCCGUCCGAGAGAAAACUUUCAGUAUUCCAAACUACCUGGAUCAGGAAAUCAAAAUUCUGGCAAAGCUCUGUGACAUUUUACACACAGAUUCUCUGGGAGAUGUUCUACAGUGGCUGCUUCGCGCAAGUUCAAAAGAGAAAGAAUGGGUCUCAACUCUGAUUCAUGCUGAGCUGUCGGAGAUGAACCUGCUAACUCACUUCCAAAGGAACCCCUCAGCCCACAGAUCAACACAGAACAGGAAACAAUCAACCGUGAAGGCACCCCCACAUUCACUGGCAAAGAGCAAAUGCAAGGAAGGACAUCCAUUGAGCAGAGCAUCAAGUCAUGGGUCUGAAGAGGAAAAGGAAGUGUCGAAAGAGGGUGAGCAGAAGCCUCCACUGUUUAUAAGAAGAAAUAACGUAAAAAUACCAGUUGCAGAGUAUUUUAGCAAAUCAGUGCCUCUUGCCACAGCAAGAAGUCAAGAGAGUUCAUCAGCUAGACUAACAGCAUCCAGGAAUACACAGAAAGAGCACAAUCGCUUUCCCCGAAAAGCAUUUAACCUUGUUUGUCGAGGUCAAAUGCGGCCCUCCCCCCAGGAGGCGCACCCCACUAUUUCAGAAGCACUGGAGCCAUUUUGGCAGCAGGAGAGCAGUUAA